CGGACCCGGGAGCCCGAGGCGGCUGCAGCUUGCGGGACCCCGAGGACGCGGCCAUGCCGGGCGGGGCCGAGGCCGGGGAGGCCGAGGAGGACGCCGGGGCUGGCUCCGGGUCGGAGGCGGAGGAGGACGCGCUGUGGGAGCGGAUCGAGGGCGUCCGGCACCGCCUGACGCGCGCCCUGAACCCAGCCAAGCUCACGCCGUAUCUGCGCCAGUGCCGGGUCAUCGACGAGCAGGACGAGGAGGAGGUGCUGAGCACCUACCGCUUCCCGUGCCGCGUCAACCGCACCGGGCGCCUGAUGGACAUCUUACGCUGCCGGGGCAAGAGAGGCUACGAGGCGUUCCUGGAAGCCCUGGAGUUCUACUACCCCGAGCACUUCACGCUGCUCACCGGCCAGGAGCCUGCCCAGCGCUGCUCCAUGAUCCUGGAUGAGGAGGGGCCGGAGGGCCUGACCCAGUUCCUGAUGACAGAGGUGCGGCGGCUGCGGGACGCUCGCAAGAGCCAGCUGCAGCGGGAGCAGCAGCUGCAGGCCCGGGGCAGGGUGCUGGAGGAGGAGCGCGCCGGGCUGGAGCAGCGGCUGCGGGAGCAGCAGCAGGCUCAGGAGCGCUGGCAGCGGCUGCGGGAAGACUGGGAGGCGGGCAGCCUGGAGCUGCUGCGGCUCAAGGACGAGAACUACAUGAUCGCCAUGCGCCUGGCGCAGCUCAGCGAGGAGAAGAACUCAGCCGUGCUGCGCAGCCGUGACUUGCAGCUGGCGGUGGAUCAGCUCAAGCUCAAGGUGAGUCGGCUGGAGGAGGAGUGCUCCCUGCUGCGCAGGGCCAAGGGGCCGCCCCCCGGGGCCGAGGAGAAGGAGAAGGAGCCCGACAGCGCGGACCUGGUCUCGGAGCUUCGUGCUGAGAACCAGCGGCUCAUGGCGUCCCUGCAGGAGCUGCAGGAGGGGCUGCAGCAGGAGGCCAGCCGGCCAGGGGCCCCCGGCUCGGAGCGGAUCCUCCUGGACAUUCUGGAGCACGACUGGCGGGAGGCGCAGGACAGCAGGCAGGAGCUGUGCCAGAAGCUGAACGCCGUGCAGGGGGAGCUGCAGUGGGCGGAGGAGCUGCGGGAUAAGUACCUGCAGGAGAUGGAGGACCUGCGGCUGAAACACCGUACGCUGCAGAAGGACUGCGACCUGUACAAGCACCGCAUGGCCACCGUCCUGGCCCAGCUGGAGGAGAUCGAGAAGGAGCGGGACCAGGCCAUCCAGAGCCGCGACCGGGUGCAGCUGCAGUACUCCCAGAGCCUCAUCGAGAAGGACCAGUACCGCAAGCAGGUGCGUGGGCUGGAGGCCCAGCGGGACGAGCUGCUGACCACGCUCACCAGCCUGGAGGGUGCCAAGGCCCUGCUGGAGGCGCAGCUGCAGCGGGCCCAGAGCAGCGCCUGCCUCAAGGCCUGUGCCUCCUCCCACUCUUUGUGCUCCAACCUCAGCAGUACCUGGAGCCUGAGCGAGUUCCCUUCCCCACUGGGGGGCCCAGAUGCCGCCGGGGAGGCUGCCAUCGUGGGGGGAUCAGAGCCCCACACCUCGGAGGAGGCGAUGGAUAGCGAGAAGGAGAUCAACCGCCUCUCCAUCCUGCCCUUCCCCCCGAGUGCCGGCUCCAUCCUCCGCCGGCAGCGUGAGGAGGACCCUGCACCCCCUAAGAGGUCCUUCAGCAGCAUGUCGGACAUCACAGGGAGCGUGACACUUAAGCCUUGGUCCCCCGGCCUUUCCUCGUCCUCGUCCUCCGACAGUGUGUGGCCUUUGGGAAAGCCGGAUGGCUUCUUGGCCAGGGGCUGCGGCCUGGAUCUCAACAGGUCACUGGCCAUCCGAGUGUCCCGCAGGAGCCCCCCUGGGGGUCCUGAGCCGCAGGACAAGGGUCCAGAUGGCUUGCCACUCCUUGGGGACAGCUGGUCCGGGUUAGCGGUGCGGAGUGUGUUCUCUGGGCCUGGGUCUGCCAGGGUGGAGUCACGGGAGCCAAGGGUGGAGGCCGCUGGCCUGGAGGGGGCAGGCCAGGGAGGAGAGGCCCAGCAGAGAACCUUGCCCUGGACCCAGGUGUCCACACUCCCCUUCUUGAUCGACUCUAAAGCCUGCCAGUCCUUCCAUGAGGCCCUGGACGCCUGGGUGAAGGGGCCAGGCGCCGAACCCUUCUACAUCCGAGCCAACCUCACCCUGCCUGAGCGGGCAGACCCCCAUGCCCUGUGUGUGAAAGCCCAGGAGAUCCUGCGGCUGGUGGACCCAGUGUACAAACGGCGGCAGGAGUGGUUCUGCACGCGGGUGGACCCCCUGACGCUGCGGGACCUGGACCGGGGCACCGUGCCCAAUUACCAGAGAGCCCAGCAGCUCCUAGAAGUUCAAGAGAAAUGUCUGACCUCCAGCCGGCACCGCGGGCCUCGCAAUAAUCUGAAGAAGCGGGCCCUGGACCAGCUGCGGCUGGUGAAGCCUAAGCACGUAGGGAGUCCUGCAGGGGAUCCCCCGGAACAGCUGCUGCUGGAGCCCUGCUCGGAGCCAGAGCGGAGCCUCAAGCCCUACAGCCUGGUGCAGCCCCUGCUCGUGUCCACGCUGCGGCCCGUGGUGCUGUUGCCCGAGUGCCUGGCGCCCCGGCUCAUCCGCAACCUGCUGGACCUGCCCAGCUCCCGGCUGGACUUCCAAGUGUGCCCCGCGGAAAGUCUGGCUGGGGAGGACCAGGGCACAUCCUCGGCUCCCGGAGCCCCCAAGGCCCAGCCCGCUACCCCUGGCCUGGGCAGCAGGAUCCGCGCCAUCCAGGAGUCUGUCGGGAAGAAGAAGCACUGCCUUCUGGAGCUGGGCGUGCGAGGCGUGAGGGAGCUGGUCCAGAACGAGAUCUACCCCAUCGUCAUCCACGUGGAGGUGACCGAGAAGAACGUCCGGGAAGUCAGGGGGCUGCUGGGCCGGCCGGGCUGGCGGGACUCGGAGCUGCUGCGCCAGUGCCGCGGCUCGGAGCAGGUGCUCUGGGGGCUGCCUUGCUCCUGGGUGCAGGUGUCUGCCCACGCGUGGAGCCACUCGGAGGAGCUGGCCAAGGUGGUGCGCGGGCGCAUCCUGCAGGAGCAGGCCCGGCUCGUGUGGGUGGAGCGGGGCGGCGGCAGAGGCGGCCACGGCAGCAGCGAGGCCUGAGGGGCCGCCUGACGUCGUCCCUCGUCCAGAAGCCACCGGAGCGGGGGCCUUGGCGUGGCGGCGCGUCCUCGCCCUCCUGAGCCUCCUCCGACUCUGGGACUGCCAGCCGCUGGGCCUCAGCCCUGGCCCUCCUGCGGGGAGCCCACAGAAGCCCCACGCCGCGCCGGAACCCCCCCUCCUCAUACUUGCUGCUCUGGGCCACCCCGGGGCCCGCGUGUCUCCACCUCCCCGUUCUCGGGGUCAGCUCGUGACAUUUCUUGUGUACGGGUCCCCGCGGGGCACCCCGGUCCACUGUCUACCCUCCUGUUUUCUCCUCUGUGUCCACGGUUCUCUCCCAUGUAAAUGUCCCCCGUCCCCCUCCCCGUUGACACCUGGGCACCGACGAGUGUCCCUGUGAGCACACCCAGGACUAUGUUCUCACAGUGUCUGCUCCUCAUCCCGCCUCGCCUCUUGGGGGGACGGUGGGGGGCAGCUGCUGCAUCACCAGAAUGUACAGCUCGUGAAGUUUUAAACGGGCCUUUUACACUCAGAAGCUGCACAAUGCGGAACAUUAAAGUUUGUCAUAGA